AUGGAUUCUUUCAUGCUCCGUGAUGAGGCCACGCGCAUGCGUGUGCAGAGGGCAGAGCAGUUCCUUGAUCCUCAUGAUCAAAAUGUGCGAAGCUACAGAUCGGACAUCAUAUUGAUGCUCCAGAAGAAUCAGCGCCGUUUAGUCGUCAACAUCGAUCACGUUCGCGAACACGAUGCCGAGAUUGCAGAAGGUCUCCUCCUCGAGCCGUUCGACUAUUCUCUCGCUUUCAACCAUGCUCUCAAGGAGAUUGUCAAGACUAUCCCACAGGCUCACCCUGAUCAGACGGCUGAGGAUGUCAUGUACUACUGUGCCUGGGCUGGCAGCUUUGGUCUGCACUCCUGCAACCCGAGAACCUUGUCCUCUCAGCAUCUCAACCACAUGGUCUCGAUCGAGGGUAUUGUGACGAGAUGCUCCCUAAUUCGGCCGAAGGUGGUCAAGAGCGUACACUACAAUGAGAAGGAGAACAAGUUCCACUUCAGAGAGUACCGUGACGCGACGAUGACGACUGGCGUCACCACCUCCAGUGUUUAUCCGACAGAAGAUGACCAAGGCAACCCGCUCACAACCGAGUACGGAUGGUCUACUUAUAGAGAUCACCAGACUAUCUCGAUCCAAGAAAUGCCGGAGAGGGCACCUGCUGGCCAGCUACCUCGUGGUGUUGACGUGAUCCUGGACGACGACCUCGUAGACAAGGUCAAACCAGGUGAUCGUAUUCAGCUCGUUGGCAUGUACAAGACGCUCGGUAAUCGUAAUACCAAUCACAACAGCGCGCUGUUCAAGACAGUGAUCCUGGCCAACAAUAUUGUUCUGCUUUCAUCAAAGGCCGGAGGCGGUGUGGCAACUGCCACUAUCACAGACACCGAUCUUCGAAACAUCAACAAGGUUGCGAAGAAGAAGAACCUGUUCGAACUUCUCUCACAAUCCUUAGCCCCGAGUAUCUACGGACAUGACUACAUCAAGAAAGCAAUUCUUCUAAUGCUUCUUGGUGGUAUGGAGAAGAAUUUGGAGAACGGUACCCAUCUUCGUGGUGACAUCAACAUUCUAAUGGUCGGUGACCCAUCUACCGCCAAAUCCCAGCUCUUGCGCUUUGUCCUCAACACUGCUCCCCUAGCAAUUGCCACUACUGGCCGUGGGUCAUCUGGUGUCGGUCUGACUGCUGCCGUCACCUCUGACAAGGAGACGGGAGAGAGAAGACUUGAAGCUGGUGCCAUGGUUAUGGCUGACAGGGGCGUGGUGUGUAUUGACGAGUUCGACAAGAUGUCCGAUAUUGACAGAGUUGCGAUCCACGAAGUUAUGGAGCAACAGACUGUUACCAUUGCCAAGGCUGGUAUUCACACGUCGUUGAAUGCCCGUUGCAGCGUUGUCGCCGCUGCCAAUCCAAUCUUUGGGCAGUACGAUCCUCAUAAGGAUCCUCACAAGAACAUUGCUCUGCCGGAUUCUCUUCUGUCGCGUUUCGAUUUACUGUUCGUUGUUACAGACGACAUCGAGGACACUCGGGAUCGUCAAGUCUCGGAGCACGUUCUCCGAAUGCACAGGUAUCGCCGGCCGGGUACGGAGGAGGGUGCUCCGGUCCGUGAGAAUGCGCAACAAUCUCUCAGUGUUGGACAGCAAGCCCAGGGUGACUCCCAGAAGCCGACCGAAGUGUUCGAGAAAUUCGAUGCCAUGCUACACUCAGGCGUCACUACGACCUCUGGCCGUGGAGCCAACAAGAAGCACGAGGUCUUGAGCAUUGCCUUCAUGAAGAAGUAUAUCCAGUACGCCAAGACAAGAAUAAGACCAAUCCUCACUCAAGAGGCUUCCGAUCGUAUUGCAGAUAUCUACGUUGGCCUGAGAAAUGACGAGAUGGAGGGUAACCAGCGCAGGACAUCUCCUAUGACCGUCCGUACGCUUGAAACCCUUAUCCGUCUUGCAACAGCACAUGCGAAGUCUAGACUCUCCAACAGAGUGGAAGAGAGAGAUGCCGUUGCUGCAGAGGGCAUUCUUCGAUUCGCCUUGUUCAAGGAGAUUGUCGAAGAUGAGUCUCGCAAGAAGAGGAGAAAGACACGCCCGCUGGAGUCCGAUUCGUCCGAAGAGGAAAGCUCCAGCUCAGAGGAUGAUGACGAUGACAACUACCGCGGCAGCCGAGCACGGAAUGGAACCGCUCGAUCAUCUCGCCCAAUUGCACGAGCGAGAGGAGCCAAUGGCCGUCGUAAUGGCGCAAAUGGUGCCGCAGGAGGAAGCUCGAGGGCUUCACCCGAAGCUGAGGAGGAAGAGGAAGAAGAAGAUAUCUACAACGCCACCCCUCGGCGCUCGGGCCGAAGCGCUGGUGCAGGCACAAAUGGGCAGUCGAGUCAGCUAUCAUUUGCGUCAUCAGUACCAGCGUCUCAGCUAGAGUCACAAACUCAGGAAGACACCCAGGACGACGCAGACCUCGCUAGCGGCGCUGCUGGCCUGAGCCUGGAUGUUCCCAUCAGUGACGCGCGCCUAAACGCAUUCAGGACCACCCUUGGUCCGCUCCAGAACACUGAUCUCUUUGAGGAUGACGCUGCUGAUGUUGACGAGCUCAUCGCCGCUGUCAACAGGAAGCUUGGAUCCCGAAGCGGUGGUGCCUUCAGCAAGGAAGAGGCCAUCAAGGCUCUCACAAAGAUGACCGAGCUGAACCAGAUAAUGUACACUGAUGGAGAAUCUGUCUACAAGAUUUGA